AUGGCAGCUACGGUGUUCGAUCUUUGGCACCAUAUCAACGGGUUCAUGACAACCCAAUCACUGAUAACCACAGCCAAACUGGGCAUAUUCGACUACCUUACAAGAGGGGCAGCUACUUUGACUGGGGUUUCAGAUGCGAUUGGCACUGAUAGGAAAGUCACCGAGCAGCUCAUAGAUUAUAUGGUGUGUCUUGGAUACCUAGAUAAGAAAUGGAUAAACUUGGGCGAUCCAACCGAAGGUGAAUACCUGUAUACAAACACAGAAGUUACCAAUCAGUUUCUCUCAUCAUCAAGCGACAAAAACUGCCUGUCUCUUCUUAUGAAUGCUGGGUAUUUGAACAAUGUCAUGAACGAUCUUGAUUCCGUCGCAAAAAUAGGACAGUCACUAAUUCAGAAAACGCCUUGGGACGACCCGGUUAUGUUCGAAGCAUUCUUCGCCGGGAUGAGGGCCACUGCGAUGAAUUGGUUCAGUUCACCCAUAUCCAAAUCAUUUGAUCUGUCCACAUAUUGCAAAGUGUGUGACCUGGGCGGUGGUACAGGAGACGUGUCAUAUUCUCUGAGCGUGGCGUAUCCUCAAAUGAAGAUCACCAUAUUUGAUCUGCCCCCAGUGAUCAAGAUGACGGAGGAGAAGAAACCGGAGUGGAUAUCUCCAAAUGUCACAUUUCAAAGCGGCGAUUUCUUCACAGACACCCUACCCACAUCUGAUUGCUUCAUCCUGUCCAAUAUAAUUCACGACUGGCCUGACGACAAGGUGCAUAUCAUUUUGUCGCGUGUUUUUAAGUCCCUGGAGUCAGGAGGAUCAAUUCUGGUGGCAGAACGCUUACUGGAUGACGAUAAACGCGGUCCCCCAGAAGCACACAUAAUGUCACUAAUAAUGACGGUUCUUUUGAGUGGAAAACAUCGUUCCUUUAAAGAAAUGAGUGAAUUACUUCGCCAACAUGGUUUUGUUGAUGUAAAAGUCAAAAAUAUACAAUUGUCGCUCGCUGAUGUUAUCAUAGCAACAAAAACCUAA